CCUGCUCUGCCGCCAUGCCGACCUGGCCGCCCGGGAGGCCACCCACUUCGCCCAGGAGCAGCCCAAGGUGGCCACCAAGGCCACGCUCCCAGCCAGGGGGGCUGCCUGCAACCGCGAGGCCCGGCCGGGGACCUUCCAGGCCAGGGACAACGUGGCCAACUUCAUUCGAUGGUGCCGCCAGGAAAUGCGCGUCCCAGAGGUCCUGAUGUUCGAGACGGAGGACCUGGUCUUGCGGAAGAACGAGCGGCAGGUGGUGCUGUGCCUGCUGGAGGUGGCCCGGCGAGGCGCCCGCUUCGGCAUGGUGGCCCCGGCCUUGGUGCGGAUGGAGCAGGAGAUCGAGGAGGAGAUGCGGCAGGAUUCGGGCUCGGGCCCCGCGGAGGAGGAGAGCCCCUUCCCCAAGGCCCAGAGGGAGCCCCAACACUUCCGGAACCUGGACCAGAUGGUCCAGCAUCUGAUCAGCCGCUGCACUUGCCCCAUCCAGUUCUCCAUGGUCAAGGUCUCCGAAGGCAAAUACCGCGUGGGCGACUCCAGCACCCUCAUCUUCGUCAGGAUCCUGCGGAAACACGUCAUGGUCCGAGUCGGUGGAGGAUGGGAUACGUUGGAGCACUAUUUGGACAAACACGACCCCUGCCGCUGCACCUCCCUCUCCCACAAACAGGCCUUGAGGAGGUCCAGUCCCCAGCGGACACUUGCCACGCCCGUCCAGCACGAGAUCACGGCCCGACUGACCCCUCGGACGGACAACAAGCCCCAUGCGCCCCAGCCCACGGCCCUCAUCGUCAGCCGGUCACAAAGCCCGCUCCCUCCGGUGGAGUGGAGGACCUACGUUUCUCCAGGCCUGGGAUCUGGGUGGAAGGUGGCCGCCGGACCUUCAGUGGACAGCGUUGGCCUUGAUGACCACAAGAAAGUGACCAGUGGGUCCAUCUCCCAAGAACACAUCGGACCUCGGAGGGCUCCAUCGUCUGGCAGGAUAAGGGAGCGGUCAACUACUCCAUCCGGAAGGAGGACAACCGCAGAGGAAAGGCCUAGUUUGGAGCAACGUGGCCGAAGUGGGACAUUUCAGAUGGACAGACACCCGAUGAAGGACUUGCCCAUCUCCAGGUGGAGGUCGGAGAGCCUUCAGGCUGGUUUGGACCCUCAGAUGGCCAAGAGUCCGGCAAUGAGGGCAACCUCGUGGAGGCCUGCAACGCCUCAACCCAGUUUCCAUAAAGAUAGUUGUCCUUCAAGCCCAACGAAGCCUCUCCGGCCCUCCCACCCUCAAGAUUCCGUAACACAGAGGUCAACUUCUCCGGUCAAAGCCCCAGUGACCAAAGGGAAGGUCAGUCAGACUUACUACAGGUCUCCGACGCCUAGUAAAAGCCCUCGUUGUUGUAGGAAUGGAGUCCAAGGACCUAAUGAUGAAAAGGAAGAAGGGAAAACCAAUCUGGUGGACGUAUCUGGAUGGAGGGCGGAGAUGGAUAGAAGGAAAGGUCAGCAAGGCCCUCAAAGAGGUGGCCAAAAGAGUUAUGGGGGUAUUAUAGAGAAAGGAUGUGUCUCUACGACUUUGAUAGUAAACCCGGAGGAGGAACGUUCUCCGUACCAAAGUCUGGAGGAGGAAAUCAUGGCCAGCGUCAAGGAGAUGGAGGACAACUUAGAAGGCAACGAGUUAAAGACUGGCAAAGCUCUGGGACCUGAUGGCUUCCAUUUGGAGCCUAAGCAGCUCUGUGUCAACGGGGAAAAAGUGCCUCGGAGCGGGGUCUAUGUCCCCGAAAGAGGGGCAAGAUGGCCGCUAGUUGGGGGACGCUAUGAGGACGUGAUCCGGGAACUCUCCGCAGCGUUGAACCACGGACAGGUAGAGACGGCGAGACCUUCAAAGGAAAGAAAAUCCCCAAAUAUGGAGAACUUGGCCUCCGAAAACACCGAACCAAAGGUGGAAGAGGCCGCCUCGACUACUGCGAAAACCAAGCGGUCCCUCAAGAAGCCGCAGCGAGUGCCGUCCAUUUACAAGCUCAAGCUGCGCCCCAAGGUCCGGCCGAGGAGGGACCACCGGCCGGAGAAGAGGCCCUCCAAGAUCCCCCGGCCAGUGGGGCAUCGCUACGGCCAGCGGACCGGUCAGCGGAAGGCCCUCGGCCCCAAAACCCCGGACCAGAGUGACCGCCGGGAGCAAAACCGUUCCGGGAAUAUCGAGAAAGAUGGGGAGACGGGGCUCCCAAAGAGCAAGGAGACCUGGGUCUGACUUUCCACAGAAAGCGAGACCCUUUGACGGACAUUUGGACCAGGAACCUCGCCGACCUGGAUUAAGGAAAAAGGCGCUGUGUUAAUAAAUAAAUAAUAAAUAAUUUCAGAAUAAGUAAUGACAAUAAUAAAUACAGAAUAAAUAAUAUAAUAAUA